CAGUGCGCUUUCUCCGCCCAGUACCGUCGGUAACCAUAGCGAACACAAUCAUCGGAAACGCUCGAGUCCAGAAUGACGAAUCUUAAAUAUUGCGUGAGAAUUCCAUGCAUGCCAGUCAGUAGGAUAGUUCAUGCAUGACACACCGCCGUAACCUGGUAGUUUCUAUCGAUUGGUAAAUCCCAAAUGUGCCAUGGAAACUUUUAUCUUCAAGUGAGGCCUGUUGAUACAGGUUUGUUUAGUUGCCUGGUAGUUUAUAGCGUGGAUUACAAUGCAUUCAAAUUACGGAUCCAUGAUGGACCUGGGCUCGGAUUACGUGAAAAUUAAAGCGCACUACAGCGGGGACAUGCUAAUCACGGACUUGGCUGCCACAGUAACCUACAUGGGACUAUGUGAGGAGGUGAGGGUGAUGUGCAGCCUGGCCCAGCAGCAGCCAAUCACUCUCAAGUGGAUCGACGAUGAGGGAGACCCAUGUACCAUCUCCUCUCAGAUGGAACUGCAGGAGGCCUUCCGGAUCUACAGCCGCAACAGGAACUCAGGACUCCUGCUGCACGUCUUCCCCAGUAUCCCAGUGAAGCCAGGUAUGCCAUGUCCAGGAGAAGACCAAUCGAUCUACCGCCGCGGGGCCAGAAGAUGGAGGAAGCUCUACCGAGUCAACGGACACCUCUUCCAGGCCAAGCGCUUUAACAGGAAAGCGUACUGUGGCCACUGCAGUGAAAGGAUAUGGGGGCUGGGGAGGCAGGGCUACAAGUGUAUCAACUGCAAACUGCUGGUCCAUAAGCGCUGUCACACACUUGUCCCUCUGACCUGCCAAAGGCAUAUGGAGCCAGUCAUGCCAUCACAGGAGCCCCCUUUAGAUGAGAAGAGUGAAGAGGUGGACCUCCUCCCUCAAGACACAGAGGAUACAGAUGGAAUACCUUUCCUACCACACAAUUGCAAGAUGGACAAAGUUGAAGAGGACUCAGAGGAUAUCAAAGCGGUGGUAGAUGGGAUCGAAGGCAUCAAGAUCUCCCAGGGGCUGGCGUUGGGCUUGGGGGACUUCGACCUGAUCCGGGUGAUCGGCCGUGGCAGCUACGCCAAGGUGCUGCUGGUGCGACUCAAGAAGAACGAACAGAUAUACGCCAUGAAGGUGGUCAAGAAGGAACUGGUGCACGACGAUGAGGACAUUGACUGGGUGCAGACAGAGAAGCACGUGUUUGAGCAGGCGUCUACCAAUCCGUUCUUAGUGGGCCUUCACUCCUGCUUUCAGACAGAGAGCCGGUUAUUUCUCGUGAUCGAGUACGUCAACGGAGGGGAUCUGAUGUUUCAUAUGCAACGGCAACGGAAACUACCAGAAGAACAUGCAAGAUUCUAUGCUGCUGAAAUUUGUAUCGCUCUGAAUUUCCUGCAUGAAAAGGGAAUCCUCUACCGAGAUUUGAAACUGGACAACGUCCUCUUGGAUCACGAGGGACACAUCAAGCUGACAGACUACGGGAUGUGCAAGGAGGGCAUAAGACCAGGAGACACCACCAGUACAUUCUGUGGAACCCCCAACUACAUAGCCCCUGAGAUCCUCAGAGGGGAAGACUACGGGUUCAGUGUAGACUGGUGGGCGUUAGGUGUGCUCAUGUUUGAGAUGAUGGCCGGGAGGUCCCCUUUCGACAUCAUCACCGACAAUCCUGACAUGAACACAGAGGAGUACCUCUUCCAAGUUAUUCUCGAAAAGCCCAUUCGCAUCCCAAGGUCUCUGUCGGUGAAGGCCGCCAGCGUGCUGAAGGGCUUUUUAAACAAGGACCCCAAAGAGCGGCUGGGUUGCCAGGUCCAAACGGGCUUCUCUGACAUCAAGUCGCACACGUUUUUCCGCAGUAUAGACUGGGACCAGCUGGAGAAGAAACAGAUGGCCCCGCCCUUCAAGCCCCAGAUCGCAGACGACUAUGGCCUGGAGAACUUUGACACCCAGUUCACUAACGAACCAGUGCAGCUAACACCAGACGAUGAGGACGUCAUCAAGAGAAUAGACCAGUCUGAGUUUGAGGGAUUUGAAUACAUCAACCCUCUGCUGCUAUCCGCAGAGGAGUCUGUAUGAGGGAGAAGAGACCUCUUCUCCCACCUGUGUCUGUCCACCCCCCCUCUCAGCCAAAUCUAUGAACAACUCCCUCUGGGAUGGAGGGAGGACAAGAAACUCCUGGCUUUGCACGAGGUUCGAGGACAUGAGUGCGAAACUGAUACUUUUUUUUCUUUGUGGAUCCCCCAUAAUGCAUUGCAUUAUUUUGUCACCUGGGAAAAACUCUUUGGAGGUGGUCAACAUAAAAAAAGGACACAGGAACAUUUCCAAAACCUGGUUGUUGAUUGUCUUCACGUUUUUUGUUUGUUUCCCCAACAACUCCAUCUCUGUGUCAGCAGCACGGCUGGCUAUGACAUUUCAACAACAGAAAGCGACUUCAUUCUGUGCCUGCCAUCGUAAAACAGAUUUGACAGUCCCGCCCCUCGCAUCCCUGGAUGGAAUAUGACAGUUCUACGACUAGAACUUGAAGUUAUGUGCACUUUGUUUUGUUAAUUCAUUUUUUGUUUGUUUUUUUUACUUGUAGGAGGCUCCGCUGCCUCGAGCAAAAUAAGAAUGUACAAUGACGAAGGAAAAAAUGAUGAUACAAGUUAUUGUGUAUUAUAAUGUAGGUAGCAACUCCAAAUUGAUGAUGCCUUUCUAUUGAUGCAAAGUGGCACGUUUUAUUCAUGACCAUGAACUUUCUUUUUGUUCGUUUUCCUCAGCAUUGAUUUUCA